AUGCCGCCGGCGCAGAAUGUUGGUUUGCUUUCUCGUCAUGUCACGCUUCUAGAAGAAUGUGACAUCAAAAGUAACAGCAGAGUGAACAGUUUGACACAAAGUGAUAUAAGUGACAAAAGUGAUGACUUUGACAUAAGCUUUUAUGAAAGCAUUGAAUUCAAACCACAGAUAAGAUGGCCAGAUUUAUUAGUUCAAAUAUCUUUACAUUUAGUAGCAAUUUAUGGCUUGUACCUGAUAUUAACGAAUCAAGUUAAAUUGUAUACUCUAUUAUUUGUCCUUGCCACAAUAUAUACUUCGGGCUUCGGAAUUACUGCCGGAGUUCAUCGACUGUGGUCACAUAGAGCAUAUAAAGCGAAAUUACCAUUGCGAUGCUUGCUCGCUCUACUUUUCACCAUUACAGGUCAAAGGGAUAUCUAUACUUGGGCACUCGAUCAUCGAGUGCACCACAAGUAUACGGAGACAGUAGCUGAUCCCCACGAUGUCCGACGUGGGUUUUGGUUCGCCCACGUUGGCUGGCUUGUACUAACCCCCCACCCAGCAGUCGAGAACCGACGAAAUGCUCUGAACAAAACAUCACAAGAUCUAAAAGACGAUCCAGUUGUUAGAUUCCAAAAAUUGUUCUUCAUUCCACUAUUCCUAAUACUUAACAUUAUAUUACCGCUGGGUAUUCCCAUAUACUACUGGGACGAGGACUGGAUGACGAGUUUUUCAGUCAGCUUUGUACUAAGAUUUACCAUCACACUUAACAUUGCGUACUGCGUGAACAGCUUCGCACAUUUAUGGGGAAAUAAACCUUAUGACAAAUAUAUUAAAUCUGUGGAGAACCAGAUCGUGAGCCUCGCGGCCCUGGGUGAGGGUUGGCAUAACUAUCACCACGUCUUCCCUUGGGACUACAGGACUUCAGAACUCGGCAAAAUUAAUAUAUCUACAUCUUUCAUUGACUUCUUCGCUAGAAUUGGAUGGGCGUAUGACUUAAAAGCAGCAACAAUGUCAAUGAUAAGAAACAGAGCUGAGCGAAGCGGUGAUGGCACAUUUCACCAUCAAGAAGAACCUUACCCACAAACCUAA